AUGUUACGAAAGCAACUCUUACGGCAGUCCCGCACCAUCUCAGAGUCUCUCUCGGCCCUGCCGCAAGUGCGCCGGUCGCCAUUCUCCUCCGCAACUUUCAUUUCACCUCGCUCAAGUUUGCCCGCUUCAUACUCUCCGAGGAUAGCACGAAGAUGGCAAUCUUCAGAAGCAGAAAAGAAACCGGCGGAGACGCCUGCAUCCUCGUCAGAAGAGUCUAAACCUACGGAGGCGCAAGAAGAUCCUACGAAGCAGGAACUCGAGAAGGCGAAGAAGGAAGCAGUCGACUUGAAGGACAAAUACCUCCGCUCCGUCGCCGACUACCGAAAUUUGCAAGAGCGGACGAGACGAGAAGUAGAGUCCGCAAAGCAGUUCGCUCUCCAACGCUUCGCCACCGACCUACUCGAAUCGAUAGACAACUUCGACCGUGCUCUUGGCUCGGUUCCUGAAGCGGCACUUGGCAAUGCUGCCACGACCUCGAACACCUCAUCCUCAGACGCCAAUGCCGCCGCUUCGACAGAGGCCACAUCGGAGCCCAACAAGGAUCUAUUGAACCUGUAUUCUGGUCUUAGAAUGACGGAAGAGAUUCUCAUGAACGUCUUGAAGAAGCACGGUCUUGAGAGAUUCGACCCACUGGAAGGAGGUGGACGCAAGUUCGACCCCAACACCGACGAGGCGACCUUCUUCACCAAGGUUGAGGGCAAGCAGGAUGGAGACGUCUUCUACACACAAAGUAAAGGCUACAAGCUCAAUGGAAGAGUCGUAAGAGCCGCUAAGGUCGGAGUGGUCAAGAACUCCUAG